AUGUUAAACUUCCAUUGGAAGAAGGUCACUUCUGUUUGUCACUUCCGGUUCCCGUCUCCUUCUUUCCAUUAUUCUUGGUCACUGUUCAUCAAUACCUUACUUUCUCUUUUCCCUCGUAUCUCUCAUUUUUAUUUAUUUAUUUAUUUAUUUAUUAAUGCUCUUUCAAACUCCUUUCCAUCUCUCCGACUCCUUCUCUUUUCUUUUUGUCAUCUAUCAUUUAUUUUUAUUUUACUUAUUAAGUCUCUUCCUUUUUUUCCCGCCAUUCUCGUCUACUUGUCUCUUCUCUUCUUACUUUACCUGUCGAUUGCAGCGUCCAUACUGAUAACCACGACAUCAAUUAUAUCUUUCUUUCUUUCUUUCUUUCUUUCUUUCUUGUAUACACCUUUUUCUUUCUUUCUUUCUUUCUUGUAUACACCUUUUUCUUUCUUUCUUUCUUUCUUGUAUACACCUUUUUCUUUCUUUCUUUCUUGUAUACACCUUUUCUUUCUUUCUUUCUUUCUGGUAUACACCUUUUUCUUUCUUUCUUUCUUGUAUACACCUUUUCUUUCUUUCUUUCUUUCUUGUAUACACCUUUUUCUUUCUUUCUUUCUUGUAUACACCUUUUUCUUUCUUUCUUUCUUGUAUACACCUUUUCUUUCUUUCUUUCUUUCUUGUAUACACCUUUUUCUUUCUUUCUUUCUUUCUUUCUUGUAUACACCUUUUUCUUUCUUUCUUUCUUUCUUUUUUGUAUACACCUUUUUCUUUCUUUCUUUCUUUCUUUCUUGUAUACACCUUUUUCUUUCUUUCUUUCUUUCUUGUAUACACCUUUUUCUUUCUUUCUUUCUUUCUUGUAUACACCUUUUUCUUUCUUUCUUUCUUGUAUACACCUUUUUCUUUCUUUCUUUCUUGUAUACACCUUUUUCUUUCUUUCUUUCUUUCUUUCUUGUAUACACCUUUUUCUUUCUUUCUUUCUUUCUUUCUUUCUUUCUUGUAUACACCUUUUUCUUUCUUUCUUUCUUUCUUGUAUACACCUUUUUCUUUCUUUCUUUCUUUCUUGUAUACACCUUUUUUCUUUCUUUCUUUCUUGUAUACCUUUUCUUUUUUCUUUCUUUCUUGUAUACACCUUUUCUUUCUUUCUUUCUUUCUUUCUUGUAUACACCUUUUUCUUUCUUUCUUUCUUUCUUUCUUUCUUGUAUACACCUUUUCUUUCUUUCUUUCUUUCUUUCUUUCUUGUAUACCCUUUUUUUUCUUCUUUCUUUUCUUUCUUUCUUUCUUGUAUACACCUUUUUCUUUCUUUUUUCUUGUAUACACCUUUUCUUUCUUUUCUUUUCUUUCUUUCUUUAUACACCUUUUCUUUCUUUCUUUCUUUCUUGUAUACACCUUUUCUUUCUUUCUUUCUUUCUUGUAUACACCUUUUUCUUUCUUUCUUUCUUUCUUGUAUACACCUUUUUCUUUCUUUCUUUCUUUCUUGUAUACACCUUUUUCUUUCUUUCUUUCUUUCUUUCUUGUAUACACCUUUUUCUUUCUUUCUUUCUUUCUUUCUUUCUUGUAUACACCUUUUUCUUUCUUUCUUUCUUUCUUUCUUUCUUGUAUACACCUUUUUCUUUCUUUCUUUCUUGUAUACACUUUCUUUCUUUCUUUCUUUCUUGUAUACACCUUUUUCUUUUUUUCUUUCUUUCUUUCUUUCUUUCUUUCUUGUAUACACCUUUUUCUUUCUUUCUUUCUUGUAUACACCUUUUUUUUCUUUCUUUCUUGUAUACACCUUUUUUCUUUCUUUCUUUCUUUCUUGUAUACACCUUUUUCUUUUCUUUCUUUCUUUCUUGUAUACACUUUUUCUUUCUUUCUUUCUUUCUUGUAUACACCUUUUUUUUUUCUUUCUUUCUUGUAUACACCUUUUUUUCUUUCUUUCUUUCUUUCUUUCUUGUAUACACCUUUUUUCUUUCUUUCUUUCUUGUAUACACCUUUUUUUUUUUCUUUCUUUCUUUCUUUCUUUAUACACCUUUUUUCUUUCUUUCUUUCUUUCUUGUAUACCUUUUUCUUUCUUUCUUUCUUUCUUGUAUACACCUUUUCUUUCUUUCUUUCUUUCUUGUAUACACCUUUUUCUUUCUUUUUCUUUCUUUCUUGUAUACACCUUUUUCUUUCUUUCUUUCUUUCUUGUAUACACCUUUUUCUUUCUUUCUUUCUUUCUUGUAUACACCUUUUUCUUUCUUUCUUUUCUUUUCUUGUAUACCUUUUUCUUUCUUUUCUUUCUUUCUUUCUUGUAUACACCUUUUCUUUCUUUCUUUCUUUCUUUCUUGUAUACACCUUUUUUCUUUCUUUCUUUCUUUCUUUCUUUCUUUCUUUCUUUCCAAUCCCACUAAUCUUCACCCAUUCACGCUUCCCCCGCUGCCUCUAUCUCGUGCCUCCACUUUUCCUACACCGCGAGUGCUCCCAUGUAACAACCGGGCCACAGAUACCAAUCUGCCUGACCUCUGGCCUCAGAUUCACGUGACUAAGAGCCAAUCACGUGACCAACUGCCAGUGAGAGCCGGUUUUUUUAAAGAUCAUCGACGUAUGGUGGAGGAGGAAGUUAAAUUACCUCGAACAUCCCUAUCAUUUCCUUUGCUCUCAUUGACUUAUUUCCUACCAAUUGCACCCCUUCUCUUUCUCUCUCUCUCUCUCUCUCUCUCUCUCUCUCUCUCUCUGCUUCUUUCUUUUUUACUUUCUUUCUUUCUUUCAUCUGAAGUAACCCAAGGUUCUUUCUUUCUUUCUUUCUUUCUUUCUUCUGAAGUACUUCAAGGUCCAUUCUUUCUUUUUAAUCACUUUCAUUUUUUCCUUCUUUUUCUUUCUCUCUCUUUCUUUCGAAGUAAUCAAAGGUUCGUUUUUCCUUUCUUUCUUUCUUUCUUUCUUUCUUUUCAGUCACUUUUUGCUCCUUUUUUUCUUUCAUCUGAAGUAAUCCAAGGUUCUUUCUUUCUUUCUUUCUUUCUUUCUUCUGAAGUACUUCAAGGUCCUUUCUUUCUUUUUAAUCACUUUCAUUUUUUCCUUCUUUUUCUUUCUCUUUCUUUCUUUCGAAGUAAUCAAAGUAAUCCAAGGUUCUUUCUUUCUUUCUUUCUUUCUUUCUUUCUUUCUUUCUUUCUUCUGAAGUACUUCAAGUUCCUUUCUUUCUUUUUAAUCACUUUCAUUUUUUCCUUCUUUUUCUUUCUCUCUCUUUCUUUCGAAGUAAUCAAAGGUUCGUUUUUUCCUUUCUUUCUUUCUUUUCAUAAUCCAAGGUUCUUUCUUUCUUUCUUUCUUCUGAAGUACUUCAAGGUCCUUUCUUUCUUUUUAAUCACUUUCAUUUUUUCCUUCUUUUUCUUUCUCUCUCUUUCUUUCUUUCGAAGUAAUCAAAGGUUCGUUUUUCCUUUCUUUCUUUCUUUUUUUCUUUCUUUCUUUCUUUCUUUCUUUUCAGUCACUUUGAUUUUUUGCUUCUUUUUCUCUUUCUUUCUUCUGAAGUAA